AUGAAUGGUAAAACUCCGACGACUCCGCGUCGACGCUCCAAGCGGGCCCUGGCUGUCCCUGAAUCAUCCAGAGAGACUCGCUCAGCUCGCCUAACAGCUCGUCAGUCAUCUCGACUGAAGGAACCCGAGGAUGACCCCGAACAACCCACUCCCAGCAAGGAGAUGGAAGCAAUUGAACAUGACGACUUCCAGAAUGGCGAGUAUGAGCUCACCAAAGCCUCUCAAACGCCUGAAAUCCUUGAUGCAUCCAAUCACCAGGAAAUUGAUGACCCUCAUCAGACGGAAGAUGAGCCGGAACAGUCUGCAUCGACAAAAACAACCCCAGAGGAGGCUACUCCUGAAAUCCCCGAUGUAAUCAAGGCAUACACUUCACCCCGCCUGUCACGCAAGCGCAAGUCAAUUGAAAUGAAAGAUGAGACGCAAUCUCCAGAUCCAAUCCCGAAGAAGCCCAAGUUGGAAGAGGCCGAAGCCACACCUGAGAGCACUCUCCAGAAUGGCAUUCAAACGGCAUCCCUGGAGACCACUCCGGAAGAUGCGGUCAUGGCCGAUCCUGACGUUGAACCCGAGGUCGCUGCACCUGCCAAACGGGGCGGCCGUGGUCGCGGCGGGUUUCGGGGACGGGGUCGCGGUCGAGGCCGUGGUCGAGGUAGUCGUGGUGGUGCCAUUGGGCCCGUUCGCUCGACGGCAGCACGUGCAGGUCGUGCAGGCCGAGGAGGCCGCGGAAGUCGUGGAGGACGUGUCCGUGCAACUACGACUACAGUUCGACGAGGCGGAAAGAGAAUUGAAGAUGAAAUUUGGGAUAGUGAGAGUCGACGACGAUCUCCUUCGCCCAUUCCCCUCACUCAGCCUCUCAAGGAUCGCCAAGAGGAACUGUCUCUUAUUUUCAAGAAAGUGGGACACGUUCAGCAAUUGGCCUUGGCUGUCCUCGCCGACCAUUCUAUGCAGAAAAUUGCCAAGGAUAAAAACGCCCACAAAGAUUGCCCCGAAUGGCCCCAGGUGCAGAUGGAACUUGCAGAGUUUGAGCGCAAGGCCAUGAAACGCUUGAAGGCAGAUUAUGAUCUGAAUGUGAAGGCUUUGGAGAGAGUUUAUCAGGGUGAGAUCCAUGCUGUUGAACAUCGCACAAAGGAACAAAUCACAAAUAUACAGGAUGAACUGUACUACGUCGCUCGAGGCAAGUUCAUUGAAUUGGUUGCAGGCCAACGUGUCGCCGAAGAUGAUGAGCACACUGAAACCGAUGGAUCUGAUCCUGAUGCCGAAGAGCCGCAAUAUCUUUUCCGGAUCGGCAAGCCUGGCAUCAAGGAGGUCCAACGUGGUUUCUUCUCUGACCAUGCGCGAACACCAGAAGGCGCCGGUGCUUACUACCGCGGCAUGGAGACUUGGGAAGACUUUAUGAUUCAAGUCCGCAUGGGUGUCGAUGUCAACCCACAGAUUCGAGCAUUGAGCUCUGGCAAUGAUGCCGAGACCCAAAGCAUGGUCGACCAGUCCAUGCAAAUUCUCCUGGAGGCAACCAAGACCGUCGGCGAGCAAGGCACCGGCAGCAGAAUCAACUCCGUUGAUGGAGCAGCUGAGCCUGUCCCUCGAGCUCUGUGCGCGUUAGCUGAUAUCGCUCUCGCCGAGCCGAUGCCAACCCAAUUGCCUCAGAUGCGAACAGAUCCUAAUAUGCCACCCUCUCAUCGACCUCUCUUGUCCCAGCCAUCGCAGGCGGCCCCUCCCCCGCCGAGCAUGAGCCACGGCCCGACUGAUCCUCGGUCAUUCAUUCUGCCUCGUCCAACUCCAACCCAGCAGCCCCGUCGCCUACUUCCCGCACGAGGCCAACUGGGUCUUCCUGAUCCCUUUUCGUCUAUGAAUGGACCUCCUCAACUCCCACCACCUCCGGGUUCCAACUUUGCGCGUCUGCCGCUUCCAGCUUACUUGUCUCCCCCCGGCCCUCACUCCCAUGGGCCUCCUCCAGGUCCUCACUCACAUGGACCUCCUCAAGGCCCUCCCGGCCCCCCUGGCCCUCCUGGACCGCCUUCGCUGUAUUUUCCAUCGCCUCAUGGGCAUGGGCCUCCUCCACAUGGACAUGGGCCACCACCUCCUCGCCGAUAUUAA